UCCGGAAGCUGCGCAGUGCGGUUGUGAGGAGUUAGUGCGAGCGGCGCCGCGGAGGAGAAAGACAACGACAAGCGGACUAAACACACAAUGGCGACGGCAACGGCAGGCGGGACGGGCUCCGGCGGACCGGCCACCGGCCUGGUCGGCGGCGGCGGGGCGGCGCUGGGACGCAAGAAGGACGGCGGCCCGUCCACGAAGUUCUGGGAGAGCUCGGAGACGAUCUCGCAGAUGGAGACGGUGCGCCAGUGGAUCGGGAAACACUACAAGAAGUAUGUCCAGAACGACUCCCCCUCCAGUAAAUCCUUGGCGGGCCUGGUCGUCCAGCUGCUGCAGUUCCAGGAGGACGCGUUUGGACGCAGAGUCAACAAUCCUGCUCUUACCAAGCUACCUGCAAAAUGUUUCCAGGAUUUCAAGGCAGGAGGUUCCCUCUGUCACAUCUUGGGGUCUGUCUACAAGUUCAAGAGUGAGCAGGGCUGGCGUCGAUUUGAUCUGCAGAAUCCCUCCCGGAUGGACAGGAACGUGGAAAUGUUCUUGAAUGUUGAGAAGAACUUGGUUCAGAAUAACUGCCUGACUCGACCCACUGUCUUCCUGUCGCCGGACAUCGAGCAGAAACAGGCCAGUAAGCUCAAAGACAUCAUCAAGAGGCACCAGGGCUCGAUUACUGAUGACAAGUCGAAGGCCACCCACCACAUUUAUCCCUCAGCAUCCCAACAAGACGAAGAGGAGUGGCUUCGACCUGUCAUGAGGAAAGACAAGCAGGUGCUGGUGCACUGGGGUCUCUACCCAGACAGCUAUGAUACCUGGGUAUCAGCCGGCGAGGUGGACGGUGACGUGGAGGAUCCUCCGAGCACUGACCGACCCUGGAAGGUUCACGCCAAGUGGGUUUUAGAGACCGACGCCUUCAACGAGUGGAUGAACGAAGAAGACUACGAGGUCGACGAGAACAAGAAGCCAGUCAGCUUCCGCCAGAGGAUCUUCCCCAAAGAGGAGGAGUCUUCCCGUACACCCGAUCGAAAGGAGCGCAAAGCCAACUCCGCCGGCAAGAAGAGGAGGCGCUCGCCCUCGCCGCCCAGUACUCCCGUUGAGUCUCGCAAGAAGGGAGGAAAGAAGGGGAAUCCCGGGCCUCACUGGAAGCGACGAGGCCACAGAGGCGAAGAGGAGGACACGGAGGAGGACAUGACCAAGGACCUAGACGACUCGUCGGCUGGUGCCAGCUUGGAGGAGGGCAGCGUUUCCAAAAACGCAAGUUCAAAGAAAGACAGCGAAAACACUCCGGUGAAAGGAGGGAAUGUGGCCGACCUGGAUGACAUGGAGGACGACUCUGUGCUGUCUGGUGGAAAGGAUGACGAGGACCAGGGCAAAGCUGAAAUCAACCGGCUGAUCGACGCUGGCGAGGACAACGUGACUGAACAGACUCAUCACAUCAUCAUCCCCAGCUACGCUGCCUGGUUCGACUACAACUGCAUCCAUGAGAUUGAGAGAAGAGCCCUCCCCGAGUUCUUCAACGGAAAGAACAAGUCCAAAACUCCAGAGAUAUACCUGGCCUAUCGUAACUUCAUGAUCGACACGUACCGGCUGAACCCUCAGGAGUAUCUCACCUCCACCUCCUGCCGCAGGAACCUGACCGGAGAUGUGUGCGCCAUCAUGAGGGUCCAUGCGUUCCUGGAGCAGUGGGGUUUGGUCAAUUACCAGGUCGACUCAGAUAGUCGCCCUCUGCCCAUGGGCCCCCCACCCACACCCCACUUCACUGUGCUGGCUGACACACCCUCCGGCCUCAUACCCCUGAACCACAGACCCCCACCGAUUCCUCCUCAACAGCCGAUGCCGAACUUCAUCGACAAAGGCAAAGAGAAAUCCAUCGACCUGCAGAACUUUGGCCUUCGCACCGACCUCUACAAGAAAAGCGCCAAGUAUCUUUCUCUGCAGGCUAAAGCCGUCACUUCCACCAGGGACUGGACCGAGCAGGAGACUCUCCUGCUGCUGGAGGCUCUGGAGAUGUUCAAAGACGACUGGAACAAAGUGUCGGAGCACAUAGGUUCCCGCACCCAGGACGAGUGUAUCCUGCACUUCCUGCGGCUGCCCAUCGAGGAUCCCUACCUGGAGAGCACGGAGUCCACUCUGGGCCCUCUGGCCUACCAGCCCAUACCCUUCAGCCAGUCUGGAAACCCCGUCAUGAGCACUGUCGCCUUCCUGGCCUCUGUGGUCGACCCCAGAGUCGCAUCUGCUGCGGCCAAGGCAGCUCUAGAGGAGUUUUCCCGUGUGCGUGAGGAGGUGCCUGCUGAGCUGGUGGAGGCUCAUGUGAAGAAGGUGCAGGAGGCGGCGAGGAGCACAGGAAAGGUGGACCCCGCCUUCGGCCUGGAGAGCAGUGGCAUCGCUGGCACGGCCCCCGAGGAGCCGGAAAAGACCGAAACCGCAGAGCCAGAAAAGAUGGACACGGACUCAGACUCCCAACAGGCUGAUAAGGCGGAGUCGAAGGAGGAGGCAGAGAAGCCCAGUGAGUCUGCAGAAAAGAGCGACAAGACGGACGCUGCGGACAAGGUGAAGAAGGAGGGAGGAGAGACGUCGGACCGCGAGGAGGAGGCAGAGGAAGGAGGAGAGGCCAAGACGUCUCCAGCAGAAAAAGAAAAGGAGGAGACCAUGGAGACAUCGCCCUCAGAGCAGGAGAAGGAGAAGGAGGAGAAGGCAGCUGAAGAUGAGGGAGAGGAGAAGAGGAAGAAGCUGGAGCACGACAUCGGAGAGGGAAACAUCGCCACGGCGGCCGCAGCUGCUCUGGCAUCUGCUGCCACCAAGGCCAAGCACUUGGCGGCGGUGGAGGAGAGGAAGAUCAAGUCCCUGGUUGCUCUGCUGGUGGAGACGCAGAUGAAGAAGCUGGAGAUUAAGCUGAGGCACUUCGAGGAGCUUGAGACCAUCAUGGACCGAGAGAAAGAAGCGUUGGAGCUCCAGCGGCAGCAGCUGCUCACCGAGCGCCAGGCGUUCCACAUGGAGCAGCUCAAAUACGCCGAGAUGAAGGCGAGGCAGCAGAUGGAGCAACAAGCUGCUGCUGCUGCCGCCGCCGCUGCUGCAGCUGCCCAGGCCCAGGGACAGGCCCCCGGAUCUGGGCCCCCUCAACCAGGCAUGCACCCCGGAGGACCCCCUCCACACCACGGAGGACCCCCACCACACCACGGAGGACCACCGCCCGGUGCUGCCAUGCACCCUGGCUACCCCCCAAUGGGUCACCACCCCAUGGCCACUCUCCACCCAGGACCACCAGGACCGAUGGGACCAAACCAGCCGAUACCUGGACGUAUGAUGCCGGGGCCGCCCUCCGCAGGCCCCCCGUCUGGCGGCAUGGCUCCCAUGAUGCCCCCACGCCACGCUGGAGCUCCCAACGGCUUGUACCCUGGCCCAGCACCUGCACAACCUGAACCGGUUCCUGCAGUCCCUGUGGGUCCUCCAGCCCCCCCGAGUGCACGAGUGGCUGACAACUAAGAACUAAACACACACGCACACAAACAAAAGCACACACACACACACACAAAACUAACUUUAUCUCUGAAACCCAGUCCCCCGUAUUUGAUGGCCUUCGCGACCGAUUCAAUAUAUUCCCCUCAGAUCUCAAAAACUCCAUUAACGUCUUCACAGGACACACAUGCACACACACACACUCAGGGUUCAGUGGCAAGGGUAACCCAAUUAUACACACACAGACACACACACACACACACACAUCCAGGCUUCCUCUCAGGGCACAAGACUUGUCCAGUAAUAAACACUGUUUUCUGCUCUUGGGUCAGAUGGAGGCUGGAGAGAAUAUGUACAGGACAGAUAAGGACCUCAGUGUGUCUCAAAGUUUUCCUGUUUGAAAUGACACUGUAACCCCAUCCUGUCUCUUCACCACGCACACACACACCCUCUCAUCUCGUCUCUAAGCCAAUCACUAGGGGGAGCUAGUGAGACCAGACAGCAGGGGUUUGUGUGUUCGUGCUCUGAGCUGUAACACACAAACACAGACCAUUCACACAAUAUUAUGAAUAAAACACACACACACACACACAGAAGAGGACCCAGCCUGCCCUCACUCUAGUCUUGUCGAGUAUCUACCUCUCGCUCCUCUUUUUAAACAAUACACUGUAGUUCUUUGUGUGUGUCUGUGGAUGUGUGUGUUGUGCUCAGGAUAGAGGAGUGUGAGAUGGCGACUCACUCGUCUGCCUCCUCUGAGCAGUUUGUGUCUCGUGUAAGAUGAAGAGACACAGAAAUAUGAUCGCCUACAGGCAAAAAAAGUUUCAAAUCGCAGAAAAAGUUGCAGAUCAACAGGACAAAAUCCAAAAUUCGACAUAUUAAAGCACGUUGACGACUCUUCUGGGGGGUUACCCACAAAAAUAAACCCUACAUGUCAUUUGUACAAAGCCCAUGAAAAGCCCAAAGCCAACAAUGUACUGUACGUCUCCACCUUGUCUGAGGCUCUCGAGCCAAUUUGUUCCAACUGUAGAGUGAAAUCUUUAAAACCCCUCACAAAUAAUUUCAUUUUCCUAAAACGUAUAUACAGCGAAGCUCUUGUGCAACAUUGUGGCACAUUGAUGUAUUUCUAACAGUUAUUAAAUAACAAUUAAGCUGAAUCGGUAAGAAUGAAACAUAAAAUACCGUCAAACUUUUCUUUAAGCAUUAACACCACGCUCUCAGAUUUGAGUGACGUGAGUCUGUUAAAACCUCAGAGGGAGAACCGGCGUCUAAACUCACCACCAUCCUCAGCAUUGUAACACACAUGUACACACAAACACACACACAGAAACGUAAGCUAGGCUGAGGCUCACACUGGAGGCUGCGUCCACACACACACCGACUUGGCCAGACCCUGCCACAAAGCACUGGACAACCACACACACACAGACACACACACAUGCAGACACAUACAUAUAAUCUCCUGCUGACCUUCACACGGCCUUUACAGAGAGGGAGACGCUGUGAUGCGGCUCGACUGAAACAUCCGACCGCGAGCGACACUCUUCCUCGGCGCGGUGGGCUCGUAGAUGUUUUUAGGUGCUGAUACUGUAGCGACUGAACCCCCCCCCACAUCCCAACCUCCCUCCUCCUCACACCCUUGCUCAAAAUCUCUUAACGCCUUGUGCUGCCUACCUCGCUAACCCCUCGCACUGACUUCUUUGCUUUUUAGCCACUAGCCACGGUAAAAAAAAUAAAAUUAGCAAUAUCCUCACUCCUGCAUAUCGACCUGUUUGGGCGGCGAAUGAGAAGAAAUCACGAUUUCACAGUUUAGCCCUGUGACCUGUUAUGUUGCAGUUAUUAAAAAAAAAAAGGAAAAUGAACCCGGGGGAACAACCACUGAACGUUUUAUUACCCAGCUGAAAUGUGUGAGAUGUUAAUGUCAUGUCAACAGCUGAUCUGAAACUUUUAGACGUGUCACGGUGUUUUUCAGCAGCUGUUGUUGAACUGUAGGUUGUCAAAUGUUCCUUUUUCGGAGAAUUUUAAAAGUACUUUUUGUUCAUAUUUUCUGAAUAAACACGUGACCCUGGACUCAUCGGUCAGUCUCACCACGGGCUCCAUCAGCGACUCAUUGUUGUAGACGUUCAACUUUCCAUUUUCCUGUGGAUUAUAAUAACUUGUAGUCGUUUAAAUCGUGUUGUCUGCUCAGGACCAUCGACUGAGUUUCAAUCAAAAGCUCCAGGAUCGUGUUUGCAGGAUAUAAUUACAGCGGAGGGAGAAAUCGACUCUUUUCCGCCCAGCACGGAUAUUUAACACGCAUCACAUUUUAUUUAUUUGGUUAAGUUUGCUUGAACGUGUGACUUAAAUCAGCUUCAUAUAUUUACCACGAAUGUAAGUCCCAUUUCAAAAAUCCUGUUUUCAAAUAGAGGUAAAACUGUUUCGGAAUUAAAAGUUUAGCAUCUGAAAUUCUCCCCCUCAUUUCGUGUGUGAUUUAAAAAAUAACUUGUUGGUCGUCUCGUGCGUUCCACGUUAAUAACUGCGAACGACUUUGUUUUAAUGUGAAAUCUUAAACCACUCCCGCCCUCCUCUUCCUCCUCCUCCUCCUCCUCCUCCUCUCGCUAGCACUGUUAGUAUCUCUGCUACCUCUUCGUCGUUCAUCCGCUAGCUACCUCUUUCUAGAAAUCUUCCUCUCGCUAUGUGCUACCUCUGUGCGCGCCCCUUCUCUACCUCUCGUCCCUUUUUCUUUCCACCUCUUUCUGUUUCCCGCCCACAUGACUGCUGCAUCACUGACUGUUGCCCUCUUCUCCCGCUCCGUCGGGGGGGGAAAAAGAAUUUAAAAAAUCCCUCGUACGGUCGUUGACUCUCGCCCUCGUUCGCCGCGCCCCCUCCUUUCUCAUUGGACAUCGUGCCCCGGCUUGUUAUGUAAUAUCACUUAAAUAUGACGGGAAUCCCCUUUACAUAUAUGAUCUUUAAUCGAUUCUUUCUUGUGUUAAUGGUAAUGUAUUUUUAAGGAGAAGUUUUUGUGUAGAUGGAAGUUUUUCUCUGUUCUUUGGAAGUUUGUAGCAUUUGUUUGCUUUUUUUUUUUUUUCUUUUUUUUGUAUGGGGUCUGUUGGUACUUGGACCUGGACACUGUCGAAUAAACUGUGUUUUGUAUGAGC